AUGACUCAACCUGUGGGGAAGAGAAUUUUGAAGAUAAUUGAGAAGCAAAAAGAGGUUGCAAAGCAUUGUCUGGUUACUAGGUCUGACAAGUUUCAGUUUCAGGUUCAAUGCAGCAAUGGUAGUGCCUUGGUUGUCGAUUUGGAAUUCAGAACUUGUACAUGUAGGAGGUUUCAACUAUCUGGGCUUCCUUGUGGCCAUGCACUAGCUACUAUCUGGUUCAUGGGAGGUAAUGUCUUUGAUUAUGUCCACGGAUUCUAUAAAAAAGAAUCAUUGCAAAAAGCAUAUGGACAGAGUGUGCAUCCUAUGCCUAGUCCAGAUAUGUGGCCUCAGACAGGACUCAACCCAAUUGAUCCACCACCUGAGAUGAAGCUACCUGGAAGACCUAAGAAAGCUAGGAGAAGGGAGACAGAUGAACCUCCACCUGCUUUAAAGAAAGCUCGAAGAACUCGACAAGUUAAAACAUGCAGCAAUUGUCUGAAAACAGGCCACAGGAGAGAAACAUGCUAA